CUAACAGAAAUCCAAAGCAAACAAAAAAAUUUAAAUCGGAAAAGAAAAGAGAGACGAAAAAGAAAGCGAGAGUUGCAGACAAGGAGGUGGUCCGGUCUAUUAGUUUUCUCCUUUUCAGUCCACUACGCUUCUCUCUCAUCUCUCUCUCUUUCUCUCUCUAAAAUUCCCAAUCCUCUCUCGUAUUCUUCCAAUUCCCAAACCCUCACUGCCACACUCGUCAUCGGAAAUUUGGAUUUCCGUUUUUUUUGGAUUUUGUGAAUUGGCGAAUUUUCGGCUACGUUUCGCCAGCGAGGUUUGGGCCAAUCGAGAUCUGGCUAGGAGCUUGGAAGGGAUCGUAAAUUGUGAUCCAAUUGGAGCUUCGUUGAAUUACCGUUUUGGAUCCGAUCGUGGAAGAAACAGCGCCACCGGCCGAUGGCGCUGUUCCGAAGGUUCUUUUAUCGGAAGCCGCCGGAUCGGCUUCUAGAGAUUUCUGAACGGGUCUACGUUUUUGACUGCUGCUUCUCCACCGAUGUGUUGGAAGAAGAUGAGUACAAAGUGUACUUGGGUGGCAUUGUAGCCCAGCUACAGGACUACUUCCCUGAUGCUUCUUUCAUGGUGUUUAACUUUAGAGAAGGGGAGAGACGGAGCCAAAUUUCAGACGUAUUGUCCCAGUAUGACAUGACAGUUAUGGAUUACCCUCGGCAAUAUGAGAGUUGCCCAUUGCUGCCACUGGAGAUGAUUCAUCACUUUCUUCGAUCAAGUGAAAGUUGGUUGUCAUUGGAGGGGCAACAGAAUGUACUGCUGAUGCAUUGUGAAAGAGGAGGAUGGCCUGUGCUUGCCUUUAUGCUUGCAGGUCUUUUGCUAUACCGUAAAAAUUACACCGGGGAGCAGAAGACUCUUGAUAUGGUUUACAAGCAGGCUCCUAAACAGCUUCUCCAUCUGUUGACUCCUUUAAACCCACAACCCUCGCAGCUAAGAUAUCUUCAGUACAUUUCACGAAGAAAUCUGGGUGCUGAUUGGCCUCCAUCAGAUACACCUCUAUUUUUGGAUUGUCUGAUACUUAGAAACCUUCCACUUUUUGAUGACGGAAAAGGUUGCAGGCCCUUCAUACGAGUUUAUGGUCAAGACCCUUCAACACCGGCUAACAGAAGUUCUAAGCUUCUCUUUUCAAAUUUAAAGACUAAAAACAAUACUCACCACUAUGUACAGGCAGAGUGUAUGCUGGUGAAAAUGGAUAUCCGUUGUCGUGUUCGAGGGGAUGUGGUAGUCGAGUGUAUCCACCUGGAUGAAGAUCUGGUUCAUGAGGAGAUGAUGUUCAGGGUUAUGUUUCACACAGCAUUUGUACGGUCAAAUAUAUUGAUGCUCAACCGUGACGAUAUUGAUAUUCUUUGGGAUGCCAAAGAACAGUUCUCAAAGGACUUCAGAUCGGAGGUACUUUUUUUGGACGCUGAUGCUGUUGUGCCUAAUCUCACCACAGUUGUGGCAAGUGAUGAUGGAAAUGAGACAGGGACUGCUUCACCUGAGGAAUUUUAUGAGGUGGAAGAAAUCUUCAGCAAUGCCAUAGAUGGGCAGGAACUGAAGUUGGCAUUUGAUACUGCACUGGUUCACAACAAUGCACCUGAAAAUAUAGAUCAGAAAGAAGUCUGGAAGGAGGAUUUAGAGCCUCACUCAUUCCAAGACUGUGCGUCAGAUGAUGGGAACCACAAAAAGGACAGAAAUGUGGAUUCUACAACUGAUGCGGUGAAGGACAUUGCUGUGGAUGAUGUGAAAUACAAGCUGGAAGAGGUGGAUUCCAAUCUGGACGCAGUGAAAGACAUUGCUGUGGAUGAUGGGGAUACAAACUCGAAUUUCAUCUUAAUUUCUGCUGAUAUUCCAAGUCAUGAAGGAACUAAGGAAGUGGCAGAAGAGGUGUGUGAAAAUUUGGAAGAGAUGAAAGAUAUAACUGAUGGAGAAGACACUUCUACUCAGAAGCUAGAGACCAAGCUCAUACAAGAAAAACUGAAUGCCGAGGUCUCUAGACAAAAAUCUGAGAAAUUGCAGCCGCCUACUUCUAAGCCUGUAUUGAACACAAAAACAGGUUCAGAAACAACGCUUACAAAACAGAAGGCUAAACAGCAAGAAACUCAGGGCCCUUCAGCAAGAGUAGCAAAACCAAAUGCUGUAUCUAGGUGGAUUCCUCCUAACAAAGGCUCGCAUACUAAUUCAAUGCACGUUUCAUAUCCACCGUCAAGAUAUAACAGUGCACCAGCUGCUUUUGCCAAUAAUACUUCUUCAAAAGAUACAAAUGCAAACCCCAAAUUGAAGGCUUCUGCUGUUAAUACUGCAUCCGGAACUGCACCAAGGGAUGCGGCAAGUAAACUGAAAAAUAGUAAUGUUGAUCCUUUAAAGCAUUCAGAAUCAGCACCAGACACACUUGCAUCCUGCCUGCCAUCAACAGUUCCUCCAAAUCAAGAGACACAUGCUUCUUCUCUUUCUACGCCACAUAUUAGCCCACAGCAAGUAGUGGCCGUUCCACCUCCUCCUCCUCCUCCACCUCAUGAGUCUUUCUCACCAGCUACCCCAUCUUUGCAGGUAGCUGCACCAGCAACUACUCCAUCACCUCCUCCUCCUCCUCCUCCACCACCUCCUUUACUAAGUAGUAAUGUGGUGUCGUUAAAGCCCCCUUCUCCUCCCCCACCACCUCCGCCUCCACCUACUAGUGGGCAGGAUACUGUUAUACCUGUGCCCCCUAUAAUUCCACCUCCUCCUCCUCCCUCUGUUAAAGCUAGUGGCAAAAAUGGUGGCCCCAUAUUGCCUUCACAACUUCCAUCAUCCCUUUGGAAGGUUGGGUACUCUACAGCCUCCCGGGGUUUGGUGGGAAGUACUCAACCAGCUCCCCUGCCUCCUGCACCUCCUUCUGUUCAGGAUGCUUUAAGUGCAUUGAAACUUAGUGUUGGGAUCCCUGCACCACCACCACCACCUCCCACACAUGGAGCUCCACCACCACCACCACCCCCACCUCUUUCACGUGGAGCUCCAUCUCCACCACCACCGCCGCCACCGCCUCCAAUGCAAGGAACUAUACCUCCACCACCUCCACCUCCCUUACAUGGAGCUCCGCCUCCCCCACCCCCUCCUCCUCCGUAUGCAGCUCAACCACCAUGUUUAGUGCAAGGUGCUCCAUCUCCACCUCCUCCACCACCACUUCCAGGAGCUCCACCUCCACCACCACCUCCUCCUCCUUCGUAUGGGGCUCAGCCACCACGUGUAGUGCAAGGUGCACCAUCUCCACCUCCUCCGCCACCACCUCCAAUGCAUGGUGCCCCACCUCCGCCACCACCACCUCCAAUGCAUGGUGCCCCACCUCCGCCACCACCUCCAAUGUAUGGUGCCCCACCUCCUCCACCACCUCCAAUGUAUGGUGCCCCACCUCCUCCACCCCCUCCAAUGUACGGUGCCCCACCUCCUCCACCCCCUCCAAUGUAUGGUGCCCCACCUCCUCCACCUCCUCCAAUGCGUGGGGCGCCACCUCCUCCUGGGGCGCCACCUCCUCCUCCUCCACCUCCUGGUGGAGGUCGGGCACCCCCACCUCCCCCGCCACCUGGUGGAAGUCGAGCACCCCCACCUCCCCCGCCACCUGGUGGAAGUCGAGCUCCCCCACCUCCCCCACCACCUGGUGGAGGUCAAGCGCCCCCACCUCCACCACCUCCAGGAGCUCGUGGUCCUGGACCUCCAGGUGGUGGUCCACCACCACCACCUCCAUUGGGUGCCAAAGUUAAUGAUGCAAGAGGCCUUUCUUCUGGAAGAGGGCGUGGAUUUCCACGUCCAGGGAUGGGCCCCUCUGCUACAGCGCCUCGAAGGUCCUCAUUAAAACCACUACAUUGGAGCAAGGUGACAAGGGCAUUGCAAGGAAGCUUAUGGGAAGAACUGCAAAGACAUGGAGGAAAUCAAAUUGCGCCUGAAUUUGAUGUGUCAGAGAUAGAGAGCCUUUUCUCUGCAACAGUUCCAAAACCUGCUAACAAAUCUGGAGACCGACGCAAGUCUGCUGGAUCCAAACCUGACAAAGUCCACUUGAUCGACCUGAGAAGGGCAAACAACACUGAAAUUAUGCUCACAAAAGUUAAGAUGCCGCUUCCUGAUAUGAUGGCUGCUGUUUUAGCAAUGGAUGAGUCGGUAUUAGAUUCUGACCAGGUGGAAAAUCUAAUUAAGUUUUGUCCUACUAAAGAGGAAAUGGAACUUCUCAAGAACUAUACUGGCGACAAGGAGACCCUCGGGAAGUGUGAACAGUAUUUUUUGGAGUUGAUGAAAGUGCCUCGGGUGGAGUCAAAACUAAGAGUAUUUUCUUUCAAGAUUCAGUUCAGCUCACAGGCCUCAGAAUUCAAAAAAAGUUUAAACACAGUAAACUCUGCAUGCGAGGAGGUUCGAACUUCUGAGAAGUUCAAGGAAAUUAUGAAGAAAAUUCUUUUUCUGGGGAAUACAUUGAACCAAGGAACUGCAAGGGGUUCUGCUGUUGGGUUCAAGUUGGACAGUCUUCUGAAGCUCUCUGAUACUCGUGCUUCAACUAGUAAGAUGACACUCAUGCAUUAUCUCUGUAAGGGUCUUGCUUCCAGAUCUCCUGAACUUCUUGGUUUUCACCAGGACCUUGUCAACCUGGAACCUGCAACAAAGAUACAAUUGAAGUCUUUAGCAGAAGAAAUGCAAGCUUUAAUCAAGGGGUUAGAAAAGCUCAAGCAGGAGCUGGUGGCAUCAGAAAAUGAUGGCCCUGUUUCAGAGGUUUUUCGCAAGACAUUGAAGGAGUUCAUUACUGUUGCUGAGACUGAAGUGGCAUCUGUGACAAACCUAUAUUCUGUGGUGGGUAGAGCAGCUGAUCAACUUGCAUUAUAUUUUGGUGAGGAUCCUGCACGUUGCCCAUUUGAGCAAGUUACUGUGACUCUCUUAAACUUUGUGAGGUUGUUUAAGAAAGCACACGAAGAGAAUUGCAAACAGGCUGAAUUGGAUAAGAAGAAAGCUGAGAAGGAAGCGGAAAUGGAAAAGGCCAAGGGUGUUAACCUUACAAAAAAAGCAACAAAAUAGUGUGAAGAUUUUAGUCAUUCUACCACUGCAUGGGACAUCGAACUCCUGCCAUACAGCAGAGUUCGGCUGCAAUAUUGCUAACUAGCAGUGGCAAGGGGAAUAUUGCUUCUAGGACGACCCUGGUCAGAAUCAUUUUCUCAUUACUUGUGCCAGGAAAAGCCCUCCAAGUUGAUUUGGCUGACGGGAAAGAGGGACUACUUGCGUCCUGCAGCCUUUGAUCUAUGCAAGAAGAUUAACUGUACAUGCUUGACAAGAUGUUCAAUAGAAUGAUGGUCAACUGAUCAAUGAUGUUGGAUAUUAUACAGACCGGACUUUGGCACCGCUUUCAUUCGACAGCUCUCAAUCAUUAAUUGAGAAGCAACAGUUUCCCUACAGGUUGGAUACCAAUCAGACCUGGCCCCCUGUGGCAUCCUUCUGAGCAUAAAUUCCUGAAGUCUUGGUUCAGCCUUGGCAAUAUGGUUCCGGCUUUGAUCACUCGAGCUGCUCAGAUUCUAUGGCACCAGGGAAGAUGCCAUCGGGAUUGUAAAGUAAAGCACGCGUUCCUGCAGUACCACGAAAUCAUGUACAAAUCACUAACCCUCUCCUUAGUUUAGAAUUCAAUUCAUUUUUACUGUAACAUAAAUUAGUUCCUUUUUUCCUCGUUCCAUUGAAAUUUUGCAUAGGAUGACCCCCGUCGUGUUAGAUGUUGUAUAGGUUUCAGGCUCAGGAGACUAGAAGACUAGUGCAAUUGUAAAAUAACCAAUAGACUUAGAAACUGUUGUUCCUCACUUAUGGUUAUCGUUUAGUCAAAAGUAUACUAAUUCAUGAAAGUUCAGAAUAAUACCCGUAUGUUCAACAAUGUGCUUGCAAAAUCAAAAUUCUUUCAUCAA